UUCAGGGUAAGAUGUGCAGUGGGGAGCUUUCAUUUAUUAAUUUGAUUGAUGAUAUCAAAGAAAAAGUCGCUCUGAAGAUUCUUGAAGAAAAUGAUAGAGAAGACUUCAGGAGGGCUUUCACUGAUGUCAACAGUAAGGCAGUCAGUGGAGACGAUGCAACAACUUCAUUGAGUUUAUUGUAUACUGUGAUGAGUAAGGAUGAGUUCGAUUUCAAGACUGAGAUCGUGAAUAUUGUAAUGAGAGGAGGCACUGGUGUCAGUGCCCAUGCAAGUGUUGUGGGAGGGAUCUUAGGUGCUACCAUUGGUUAUUCACAACUACCCCAAGAAUGGUUAGGUGAGCUCCCACAGGAAAAUAUUAGAUUAUUGAAUAUUAAACUGAAUUCGUUAUUGGAUUUGUUUGGCUUGCCAUAAAAAGAAGUCUUGACUUAAUGUUCAGAUAUUUUGCAUAUAUUUUUUUGCUUUGUACUUUUUUUUUUUUUUUUUUUGCAAAUUUAAGAAUUAAUUAAAUACAGAAAGAUAUUUCCUUGAGUUAUUACAAUAACUGUAUUUGUUAUGUUAAAAGAUAAAUUGGAAUCUAUGUAGAUUUGGAAACACAAUCUUCAGAAAACACAUAAAUCCAUUAAUAAGAAGGGCUCAGUGGCCACUGAUUGUCGUUUAACCUAUUCCUUUCAGCAAAGAGUCAUAGGGGAUCAAGAAUAUGUGCUGGACUCCUUUAGAUAGUUUGUUUUAUAAAAAUGUAAACAAAUUAAUGUGUUUCCAUUUGUUGAAGAAUACUGGGUGUGACAGUGAUUUGUUAUUUGAAAGUUACUAAGACAUGUCCACAGUGAAAUGGUUUAGGGUUUUACUGUUGUUGCAGUUGUAUUGUAUUAUUUUUCUAUGUACACUAUUAAUUUGUAAGUUUUUUUUCCUGGAAAGAUGAUAAAAGUAUCCAAAAUGGCCGGGGUUGUAUUGUAAAAAAUGGAAUUAAAAGAUAUAUAUAAAAACA